GGAACGGAUGCAUGGGAGAACAAGUACAGGGUGGGCGAAGCGACCGUCAUAGUGCGCAUAUUAGACGUUAACGACAACGCUCCAUCAUUCGAAAAAGUUCAGCAAAUCGUGCGGAUCAGCGAAGACGCGCCACUUGGAACGGUGGUGGCAAAAGUGCCUGCCUUCGAUCUGGACCAAAACAGGAAUGGCUUGGUUCGCUACAGCCUCGCUGGUAGGAGAGGAUCAAGUCUUCACUUCGGCAUCGACCACACAGGGACCAUCAGGACCAUCGGCCUAGUGGACAGAGAGGCCAUCAGCAAGCACAGCCUAGUGGUUCAUGCCACUGACCACGGGGUGCCGCCGCGCCAGUCGUCCGCUACUGUAACUGUUGAAAUCGAUGACGUGAACGACAACGCCCCCAUCUUCACGGGUCCCACGUACGUGAACGUGCACAGAAAAAACAUCGAAGGCUUCACAAUUUUUUUUAACCUGACCGACCCCGACGACUGGAGUGUUGGCCAUGGACCUCCUUUCUCCGCCCAGCUUGAUCCAAGGGCUCCCAGCAGCAUAAGAAAGGCCGUCAGUGUCGCCUAUAAGAGAGGUGAAUAUCAUUUGUGUCAUUCGUGUUCAUCCUAUACGAAGGUAUUGUCCUUUAUUUGAAUUGUUUCGGUGAUUAUUCUUCCGCUAAAUCAGUCAUUUUGGAAUUUUCUACAUUGAUCUUAUUUUUUUUUUCAAUUUUAUGCAUAGAACUACAACCGAUAAAAUUCAAAACAGAUAACGAUAACAUUCCUUUUCACCACUAUUUCUUUUUUUCUUUUUGCAUAGGUGCAAUCUAAAGACAUAUUGUAAGAUUUAUAUUUUGCUUCCACUGUUGAGGUCAA